AUGUUUGUCUCUAGUAACGCUUUCGAUGAAAAGAAUAUAUAUGUUUGCUCAGCUUUAGGAAGUGUUGGUACAGGAAAGUCGAGUCUUCUUAAUGCCAUUACUGGCGAAUAUGUAUUUGAAGUUGGCGAUGGAGUAGAUUUUACACCAUCAAAACAAUAUUGUCAUUUAAUAGAUACUCCAGGCUUCGUCGAUUCAAAUAUAGAAGAUCGCCAUACAAUACAUGAAAUUACCAAAUAUUUCAAGUCUCUACAAUAUGGGGUCAGCGCAUUUUUCUUGGUCUUUAACAUUAAUGAUAUCAGGUUGGAUGCUUAUACCCAAAAUAUGCUGAUUUUAUUCCACGAACUGCUUGGGAAAGACUUUUGGAAUUUUGUAAUUAUCGUAUUUACUCAUGUGGAUGAAGACGUUAGAGAUGAUUUAGAGGAUAACAUGGAUGCAGUACUCGAGGACCACGACGGGUUCGUUGCUGAGAUCAGAAGGAUCUACAAAUUACCCAAAUUAUUCCAGCCUUCUGUCAUAUUCACGUCUACUCAAAAUGUAAGAUCAAGUAGCUACACACGGAGAUAUAUAGUAGAAUUAUACCACGCAGUUGGCAUGUGCGAGGCUCGUAAUAAUGGAAAACGGUUCACCUGUACAUGGCUCCGACAGAUUCUGAUGAUUACUAAUGAAGAGCAAAAAACAAAUUUUGUUAAAGAAAGCAUUAGAGAAGCUUGGUCUUCCAUGUCCAAUGCUUGUCAAAUACAGUAA